GGACACGGUGAGGCACCGAGGAGGCACAGCCAUUUUCUUUUAUGCUGGGAAACGCCCUCCCCUCACCCACUGGAGCCUUGUGAAACCUCCUCCCAUCUCUCCUCUGUUGCCUUCUGUACAUCCCUAGCCCAGGAGAGUCCCCAGGUAUCUUACCAAAGUGAACUCCUUCAGACCAUGAAAAUUUACUCUCCUGGACCCAAAUCUCUCUCAGCAUCUUGCAACGAUAAAAUACGUUUUCAUUUUCCUGUAAGUGGCGAUGUUUUCUGGAAAGGAAUUAGUUAAGUUUCGCUUUUGUUUUCUGUCAAUGCAAACUUCACCAAGCAGCCAGUUUCCUCCUACCCGCAGAGCAGAGGUUGGAGCCCGAAGCUUGCCUCUGGGCUCCGCCGGGCUCUCCUCACCUCUCAGUGUCCUUGGAGAGAAACCAGGACACUUGGGGCUUUUCCGGGAGAGAGGAGGACCGUGCAGCUGCCGUCGCUGUGCCGUGGCCUUCAGGGAGACUGCGACGGGCUCGGCAUUUUCCGCUCUUUCUGAGGAAACGUUGACUCUGAUCUUUGGACUUGACUUUCCACGGUCACUAUCAUGGAUCAGUUCAUCUUAACCUUCCUGAAGAAUUCAUCAGGGAAGAAUUUUCAGCAAUUGGCUGAUGACUUUCUGCUUAACUACUACACAUUAGUCAGCAAGGAAGGAGGCAUUCUUUCUACAGAGACUCUCAAGAGUAUUCACAAUGCCCUUCGAGAGGGAAAGCUCAAUGAUGUAGUGGACCAUAUUAAAGAUGCACUUGCUGCAGCAGAAGAUUCUCCCCUGAAUAUAGCUGUGAUCGGGGAGUCUGGGACUGGAAAAUCCAGUUUCAUUAAUGCCCUGCGAGGGCUGAGUCAUGAUGAGGAGGAGUCAGCUAAAGUUGGGGUUGUGGAGACCACCAUGAAUAGAACUCCCUAUCAACAUCCAAAAUAUCCCAAAGUGACCUUCUGGGACCUGCCUGGAACUGGGACACUCAAUUUUCUCCCGGAAACUUAUCUGGAAACAGUGGGAUUUUCUAGCUAUGACUUCUUUAUCAUCAUUUCUUCCUCUCGCUUUAGCCUCAAUGAUGCCAUCUUGGCCCAGAAAAUCAAGGAGUCAGGGAAGAAGUUCUACUUUGUUCGAACCAAGGUGGACAGUGAUUUAUAUAAUGAAAAGAGAACCAAACCCACAUCCUUUGACAAGGAGAGAGUUCUCCAGAAGAUCCGAGACUACUGCCUCGCUAAUCUCAGUGAAAUCGGAGUGCCUGAGCCGUGGGUCUUCUUGGUCUCCAACUUUGAUCUGGAUGCCUUUGAUUUCUUCAGACUGGAGGAGACUCUGUUGAAGGAGCUGCCGGCGCACAAGCGUCACGUCUUUGCACUCCUGUUGCCCAAUUUCUCUGAUGUUGCCAUUGACAUGAAGAAAAAUUUCCUCAAGGAAAUGAUCAGUCUGGAAGCUGUGAAGUUGGCAGCUGUGUCCUUUAUCCCCAUGAUGGCCUUUGUGAGCGGCUUUGAUUUGUCUAGACAGGAAGAAUGUUUGAAGGCUUACCGAAGCUAUUUUGGCUUGGAUGAUAAGUCCAUUGAAGAGAUUGCUGAGAAACUGGACACAUCUGUGCAGGACAUCAAGGGCUGCAUCAAGUGCUGGGAUUUCUGGGCCCUCGUCAAGGAUGACAGCAUCACGGCAAAAGCUUUGAGUGGUGCUGAAUCCUACUGCGCCAUCAGUGGAGGCCCCACAUCGGCUGCCUUCCAGUUUCUGAAAGUCUACUUUCUGCGCUUAAAAUUCCUCAACACAGUGACUGAAGAUGCUAAAAUUCUCUUGCGUAAGAUGUUGUAGAAGUGAGAUGUCUUGCCUAACUGGAUAGCAAAUGAUCCUUGGACUUUGUAUGCUCAUGUGGGGUCUCCUUUCUUCAAACUUCCAGACCAGUUCUUCCCGGAGAUGGAAACACCGUCUGUCCUGUGGAGGAAGGCCCUGGCUCCAUCUCGGAGCUCACUGACUGCUAUGUGUGAAUUUUCUGGGCCUUAGCCUGCUUUCUGCAUUUACUGAUUUAUUGUGCUUGAAACCUGGCUAAUUUCUAUGUCUGAGGUGACCUGAUUUUAUAUACUCAAACAGUAAUGACAGGAUGAGAAUUACAUGUUGGCGUUUCAUUAUCUCUACUUAUUCAUUUGCAAGGAGAGAAAGAGAGAGAGAGAGAGUGUUAGAAAGAGAAUAAAGACAGAAAGAAUGGGAAUGCCAGGGCUUCCAACUGCUGCAAUCAAAUGGCAGAUGCAGGUGCCACU